GGUGGUGCGAGCAGAGGAGUGCCGCCGUGCUGCAUAGUUCUGCACCGGCAGUGAAAGCCAUUGCAUCUAGAUACGCCGCCGCAGCGACCUGAACCAAUAGCACAACUGGUGGUUGCACAACAGGCUCGGUGCAGAAUGGUCAGACUAGCUCUCUGCAGCAUAGCGGUGCUCGUCGCAGACGCAUUCGUCGCCCCGCGGAUACGACAGCAUCACUGCUACUACCGCGCAGUCAACAGUGAAACUGAAACGCCAGGGUGGAAACGCGCGACACCAAACGCCUUGACGGCGUUGCGCCUCGGCUGCGUACCAAUCGUUUUCGGCGCGUUGCGCUGCGACGCGUCGCGCCUCGCGUGCGGCUGCUUCGCGGGCGCAUCCAUAACGGACGCGUUUGACGGAUACCUGGCACGCCGGUGGCGCGUCGAGUCACGUCUCGGAGCGUUCUUGGACCCCGUCGCGGACAAGCUGCUGGUCGUCACGACGCUGGUCGCGCUGACGGCGUCGACGCCGGGCGUCGCGCUCCCCGCGGCCGUAAUCGUCGCGCGCGAGGUGGCAGUGUCCGCGUUACGGGAGUACUGCGCGGACCGCGGCCAGCGCGACGCCGUCGCCGUUGGCGGCGCGGGAAAGCUGAAGACGGCCACGCAGAUGGCCGCUUUACUUGUCCUGACGGGGCGCCUCGCGCCGCGCGCCGGACUUGGGCUCUUACGGGCGUCCGCCGCGCUGGCGCUCUACUCGGGAGCAUUGCUCUUCGCGCAAGCGAGGCCAGUAUUUGCGGCGAGCGACGGGGCGCCGGGGUAAGUUUUGCGAAAAGAAAA